UUUUAUAUUUAGCUUUUUUCAAGUGUUGUCAAAAUAAACAGUCUAGCCGAUAAACAAGCUUUAUAAUAAUUAUUGACCCUUGAUUUGGUUAUCGUAAACAGCUAUACCGGGAUCCGGCUAAUUUUAUUCAUUACCGAAUCGACACUCAUUGCAGUUACUAGUUUUUUAUUCUUGUGAUCGUUCCUACCUAUAAAUAAUUUAAUUAUAUUAAAAUGCAAUAUAUUUUACGUAUUUUGUCUCUAAUUUUAUAUUGGAUUGGUUGCAAACUGCAAUUUAUCAUAAAAAUGUUUAGUGAUAUUAAGAGGGAACCAAUUCGAGAAUUUAAGAGUGAAAUUUUAGCCCUUUCGGCUGUUAAACUUGUUGAAAAGCUUAAAGCGUGUGAACUCUCUGCGGAAGAUCUUUUAAGAGAGUACAUUAAACGUGUCAAGGAAGUAAAUCCUAUUUUAAAUGCAGUAGUGGACGAUCGGUUUUCGAAUGCCCUAGAAGAUGCUAAGAAAGCUGAUCAAGUUAUAAAGCUGACCGCAGACAAAGAAGAACUUUUCAAAAAGUAUCCUCUCUUUGGAGUGCCUUUCUCAGUGAAAGAGUCGUGUGCUGUAGAAGGCUUAUCACAUGUCGUAGGGAGUCACUAUCGCCGUGGUUUAAAGUCCAUAGAAGAUGGUGCAUCAAUUUCUCUUCUAAGAGAAGCUGGAGCCAUACCACUACUUGUGUCAGCAAAUCCCGAAUUGUGUGUUAGCUGGGAAACUUUGUCCAUGACUCAUGGCAGAUGUAAUAACCCUUACAAUUCAGAGUACACUCCUGGUGGAUCUUCUGGGGGAGAAGGCUCACUUAAUGGAGCUGGAGCGUCGGUCUUUGGAAUUGGAUCUGAUUUUUGCGGAUCAAUAAGAAUUCCAGCUAUGUUCAAUGGUGUUUAUGGACACAAGCCAAGUGGUUACUUGGUUUCACCAAAAGGACAUUUUCCGCAUACAGAACAGGAUGGAAUGGAUAAGGUGUUGCAAAUGGGACCAAUGACACGUUUUGUAGAGGAUCUUCCACUUCUAUUGAAUAUUAUUGCUGGCGAAAAUGCAUCGAAACUGAUCGAUGGUGAAGAAAUAACAAAAAUUAAGGUGUUAAUUACUUUUGAACUUUUCCAGCUUGAAAUUGAAGAACUUGACGACAUUAUGGAAAUUGUAGCUGCCAGAUUAUCUUUAUUUGUACCACCAAAUAUACAUACAAAUUUAACAAAUCCUGAUGAAAAAACAACAACUCUGGCUGAGUUAGGAAAACAUUUCAAGGGAAAACCUCUGCACACGAUUUCAGCCUUAUAUUUUCAAGCUCUCUACGACUUUAGUCACACGAUUCCAAUUUUCCGCAAGGAUUACUAUAUGAAGAGACUAGAUGACCUCGAAUCAAAAUUGAAGGAAAAAUUGGGUAAUAAUGGGGUGCUUUUAUUUCCCACCUUCCAUCGAUCGGCAUUUUUACACAAUACUUCAAUCAUUCAUUCUCCGGCUGUUGUGCUUACGGGGAUCUUUAAUGUCUUAGGCUUUCCUGCCUUACAGGUGCCGAUGGGUUUGAAUAAAAAGGGAUUACCCAUUGGAUUCCAAAUUGUGGCUGCUCCUUUUGCAGAUAAAAAUUGUUUUAAGGUUGCUGCAGAGCUCGAAAAAGUUUUCGGUGGAUGGGUUCCUCCAUCGCCAUCAAUAUAAACCAUCAACAAUGUUUUCAACAUAUUUAUGUAAUUAACUGCUUUAAUUUAAUGUAUUUAUAAAUUAAUUUAAAAUAAGAUGUCGAUCAAAUAGAAUAUUUUUUAUACCA